AUGCUCGCGGGGCUCGCGGGGCUGACGAGGCUCGCCCUGGCCGCCGCGACGCUCCUGCAAGUCCGCUCGAUGCGCACGGGGGGACAGGGGAGAAGAAGCUCCCCCCCCUGGCCCUUCCUGACCACCCCCUGGGCGACGAAGUCCACACCCCACCAUAAAAGAUCCACGGGAAACAAGAACAUCAGCCUCAAAAGCGUAAGAGGCAUCCGCACCUUCAACCCUAGAGACUACGCAAGGAGGGAAUACAUAUUUAAAACGUGGGAGGAAGUAGCCAAGGCCUUUUCCUUCAGCUUUUACGAUCUGCCUGUGCUGGAGGAUUACCACAUUUUCCAGAGGAGCAAAAUAAAUGAGGCGUACGACUUCGUGAAGAAUAAGCGGCACUUGAUUUUGCGGCCGGAGAUCACCCCCCAGUUGGUGAGCCACUUGUUCGUGCGCGAGGAGAGGGCGCGGCAGGCGGUCCGCCAAGACGGGGGUGAUGCAGGUGAUGCAGGUGAUGCAGGUGAAGAAGGUGAAGCCGGUCAAGCGGGUCAAGCGGCUGGACAGAGUAGCGGCCAAGAAGGGGGGCAGCCGCCUCCACCCCAGAGUGGAGUAGCAACGGACCGCUCGCACAGCUCGCACUGCUCACACCGCGCCCGGGUGAAGCCGUACCGACUGCACAACCUGCGGAGGGUCCACAAAAUGAGCACCAUCGGGCAGUGCUUCCGCUACGAACGGACGACCAGCUGCAGGAAGAGGGAGCACUACCAGUGGAACAUGGAUGUCAUCGGCACGGACCUCAUAGACGCAGACGUAGAAAUUCUAACCGCCCUGCUCUCCUUCUUCCGCAGAGUCCACCUACUCCCCAGCGACGUAGUCAUUAAAAUAAAUGACAAGCGAGUGGUCAUACAGAUUAUAAAAAAGAUUUUUAAGUCGUCACUACGCGAGUUCCCACAGCCCUACAUUCAACACCAUGCCGUCCCAAAUGUCCUCCAAAUCUUAGACAAGCAUAAGAAAAUUUCGAGCGGCACUUUCAAGUUGUUGCUUCAGAGGAAGGUGCCCUACUUGCACAGACAUGAAGUGGUCAGAUUCUUUAACGUCAUUUGGAAAGUAAAAAACUUACCUGACUUGUUCAUAUUUUUUAAUUCCCCCGAGCAGAAUAUUCUUUCAGAUUUACACACAGUGCUCAGGUACUUUGGGGAGAUGAAUCUGCAGAGCUUCUUCGAAGUGGACUUAACUGUCGUCAGGGGGAUGGACUACUACACGAACAUCAUUUUUGAGAGCUUCUACCGGCAUAAGAAGUACAGGGCGAUUUGCGGGGGGGGGAGAUACAGCUAUGUUCUGAACGAAGGCCAGCGUGUGUGUGCAGUGGGGUUUGGCAUGGGGGACGUCGUCAUCACGGAGAUUUUAUUCAACAGCCAAGUGCGUCGCGGGAGGGGCAGCGAGGGAGACCUGCCUGACGAGCUCUCCAGGAACGUCGACGUGGUUAGCUUCUUCCCCCCCCUGGCACAGCGGCAGGGGGAGCGGCAGGUGCAUCGCCAGUCGGAGUGUCAAGCGGAGUGUCAAUCGUGGCAGAAGCAGGUGGGCCACCCCCCCCGCGGCCUCAUACAGAGGGAGCACUUCCACAUAGUGGACACGCUGCGCGGAAACGGCGCGCGCGUGUACUCCCUCCUCCAGGGCGGAAGCGGUGGCAACCGUGGCAACCGUGGCAGCCUUUCGAAGGCUCUGAAGAAGGCCAACGCCCUGCGCGCAAACUUCUUCCUCUUCUUCGAUGAGCACAUUGGGGUGUUCUUCCUCAAGGACUUGAGGACGGGGGGGCAGCGCGCGGUGACGUCGGCGGACGUCCUGUCGGUCUACUCCUCGGGGGUUUCGCCGCCACAACAGUAG